GGAGCGACUUUAAGGUCCUGGCGCAGCGUCGUCAGGUCGGGUGAAGGUGGGCGCUGUCCCCAACCGCCGCCUGGGCGGUGUCAACGGCGUGCCCAUGUCGCUGCCUGGGCGCCGGGGCCGCCUGUCUUCUCCUGGAACCAGUCGCCAGUCCUCCGAGGCCCGCGAAAAGCUACGGCGCCGUAUCCUGGGCCUCAUCGAGGGCCACAGAGUGGUGAUUUUCAGCAAGAGCUACUGUCCUCACUGCACGCGGGUUAAAGAACUCUUUUCUUCUUUGGGAGUUGAAUGUAAAAUCUUGGAACUCGAUCAAGAUGAUGAUGGGGCCAGUGUUCAAGAAGUGCUGUCAGAUAUCACUAAUCAGAGAACUGUGCCCAAUAUUUUUGUGAAUAAAGUACAUAUGGGUGGAUGUGACCAAACUUUCCAGGCACAUCAGAGUGGUUUAUUACAGAAGCUUCUUCAGGAAAAUUCAGCAUAUGAUUAUGACCUCAUUGUCAUUGGUGGUGGUUCUGGUGGCCUUGCAUGCGCUCAGGAAGCUGCCAUUUUGGGAAAGAAAGUGAUGGUGCUAGAUUUUGUGGUCCCAUCACCUCAGGGUACAUCUUGGGGUCUUGGUGGUACUUGUGUAAAUGUAGGUUGUGUUCCUAAGAAGCUGAUGCAUCAAGCUGCCCUUUUGGGACAAGCAUUAAGUGACUCAAGGAAAUUCGGCUGGGAGUAUAGUCAACAAGUGAGGCACAACUGGAAGACCAUGACAGAAGCUAUUCAAAACCACAUUGGCUCUCUAAAUUGGAGCUACAGGCUGUCUUUGAGGGAGAAGGCUGUGGCCUAUGUAAAUUCCUAUGGAGAAUUUGUUGAGCACCAUAAAAUAAAGGCAACCAAUAGAAAAGGACAGGAAACUUAUUAUACUGCUGCAAAAUUUGUCAUAGCAACAGGUGAAAGACCACGGUAUUUGGGAAUUCAAGGAGAUAAAGAAUACUGUAUUACUAGUGAUGACCUUUUUUCUCUGCCUUAUUGCCCUGGAAAAACAUUAGUGAUUGGUGCAUCUUAUGUGGCUCUGGAAUGUGCAGGAUUUCUUGCUGGUGUUGGCUUAGAUGUCACAAUUAUGGUGCGUUCAAUCCUUCUUCGUGGCUUUGAUCAAGAAAUGGCAGAGAAAGUGGGUUCCUACAUGGAACAACAUGGUGUUAAGUUCUUACGGAAAUUUAUACCUGUAAUGGUUCAACAGUUGGAGAAAGGUUCACCUGGAAAGCUGAAAGUAGUGGCUAAAUCCACUGAAGGACCAGAAACUAUUGAAGGAGUAUAUAACACAGUUUUGUUAGCAAUUGGUCGUGAUUCCUCUACAAGGAAAAUAGGCUUGGAGACGAUUGGUGUCAAAAUCAAUGAGAAGAGUGGCAAGAUUCCAGUGAACGAUGUGGAACAGACCAGUGUGCCGUAUGUUUAUGCUAUUGGGGAUAUUCUGGAAGAUAAACUUGAACUCACUCCUGUUGCCAUACAGGCAGGCAAGCUGUUGGCUCGAAGACUUUUUGGGGGUCGUUUAGAAAAGUGUGAUUAUAUUAAUGUUCCAACUACAGUGUUUACUCCUUUGGAAUAUGGCUGCUGUGGAUUAUCUGAAGAGAAAGCUACUGAAGUAUAUAAAAAAGAGAAUCUAGAAGUGUAUCAUACUUUGUUCUGGCCUCUUGAAUGGACAGUAGCUGGCAGAGACAACAGUACUUGUUAUGCAAAGAUAAUUUGCAAUAAAUUUGACAAUAAUCGGGUGAUAGGAUUUCAUCUUCUUGGACCAAAUGCCGGUGAAGUUACCCAAGGAUUUGCAGCUGCAAUGAAAUGUGGGCUGACGAAGCAGCUACUUGAUGACACUAUUGGAAUUCACCCCACGUGUGGUGAGGUAUUUACCACUUUGGAAAUCACAAAGUCAUCAGGACUAGACAUCUCCCAGAAAGGCUGCUGAAGCUAGACCUGCUGCUAUCUAGUCUCCCUUGUCAAUUCACAUUUCUUCACAUGAGUCUGUGAUCAGGGUACCUGCUCUCAUACACAGGGCCCACUGCAGGGCUUUCAUCACAGUGCACAGAUGAGAAUGUAGACAAGGAGGCAGGCAGCAGUGCAUAUGUACUCAACGGUCUCAGCUGACCUGGGAGAGGCAGUUACACUGCUUCCUUGACGUCUUACUCAGAACCCCUUAUGAAGUGAGCUAAGACCAAUGCUCUUCCAAGUCAGAACUGAGCUUUCCUCUGAAAGACCUUUUAAUCGCAUAACUAAUUUUUCUGUUUCCUAGGGUUUUUAAUCCCCUUGCUUUGUUCCUAUGAAAAUAUUUUCUGUUAUAAAACUAUAAAAUAGCAAUCUUCCAAUGUGUGAGUGUGGAAGGCACACAUGGUCUCUGGUGAGUAGUGUCUGUGGAAAUGCCCUGAAGUAGCUGGCUGCAGAGGACUGGGGUACAUUAGUAGAAACUUUCACACACUAAAUAUAGUUUUAUUAGUUAGCUGUUUUCUCCUUUGGUUAUAUUUUUACCCACUGUCUCAUGCUUCACCCUCUCCUGGUUUCCUGAUGGUAACUAUCUUGGAGUCAGUCAUUCUUCUCUUAGUGUCUCUAGACUGAACAGAGUAUGUUAUGUCAGAGAGAAAUGCUUGUAUUUUUUUUCAUGUUGAUCUUAAGAUAAUAUAAAAGGUUUUCAAUAUUUUAUUAUUUGAGCUGUAUUUAAAACUCUAAAAUGAUUCAGUCUACAAUCUAAUUAUAGCCAAGUUCAGUAAUAGAACAGGUGAUAUUAAGAUAUUCUAUUUGAAUUUAUAUACCUGUCAGCAUCUAAAAGGCCCUUGCAAUGGGAGGCCUAUCUAAGAACACCCAAAGAAUUUGUAACCACUCAGCAAGUCAUAGACCAUUGGAAAGUGUACUUAUCUUUCCUUAGCAAGGGGAGAAAAGGCUUGGAUAUAAAUCUGUCUGUAACUGGCUCCCUCAUACCCUUCUUCCCUACUCCCUGCACCCCUGCCCCAACUUUAUCUUUUUCUCCACUUUUCUUUUUUCUCCUCUUCUGGAGUAAAGGUGAGCUUUAUAUAAUGUUGAGAAUUUGUUUUAUCUGGAAGAUAAACUUUAUAUGCAUCUAAUAACAUAACAGAUGCAUACAGAUCAGUAGGGAAAUAUUAACAUCCUACAUUAUAGUAGAGAUUUUAAUAUACCUCACCAAUUUAUUAGAUAAAAGAAAAAAUAUCAGUAAAGGUACAGAUUUGGAUAGCACAAUUAAGCUCAGUUUAAUGAACUUAUGAAGAAGACUUUAACAUAAAUACUCAUUUCAAGCACACAUCGAAUGUUUAUGAAGUUUGCCAUGUGCUAGCUCAACAAAUUUCAAAAGACUGGUAUCAUAGAGAUGAGACAAAAGGAUUUUAGCUGUGAAACUAACACUAAGAACCCACAGGUCUUAAAAUCCAUGCAGUAUGGUGGAAAGUAGAGUAUUGUGAGGUGAGUGAGGGGUUAAUGUGAGAUCAAGCUAAAAGAACUGGGUUAGAGUCAGGGAUCAUUCACAAGAAGAAGGGAAUUGUGGAAAGAUUCUAGACCUUGAAGAAUAAUAAACUUGUGAAUGCCUGGUCCCAUUAUUUACUAAAUAUAUGAAAAAAUUCAUUGUUUAACUUUUCUAAUUCUUCAUUUAUGCUGACGGUAUUGCCCAUUUCACAGAUUUACAACAAUUGAAUACAUUUAUUAAGUUUCCAGUGUAUAGCAUAUCAGCAUAGAGUAUCCUGGCAUCCAUGAUGAUGAGUAGGGACCCUACUUAAAGAAAGCUUUUGUAGACACAGAAGUAUAGUCAAUAGAAGACAGGAGACCUAUUGACAAAUCAGUGCUUUGGCAGCCCUGAUCAGGUUGCUCAGUUCGUUGGAGCACAAUCCCAUUCAGUUGCAGGUUUGAUCCCUGAUCAGGGUAUAUACCUAGGUUGCUAGUUCGAUCUCCAGUCAGGUCACAUAUGGGAAGCAACCAAUCAAUGUUUCUGUUUUAUACUGAUGUCUGUCUGUCUGUCUGUCUCUAAAUCAAUAAACAUAUUCUCAGGUGAGGGCUUUUUAAAAAAACUGAUGCUUUGGCAGACUUCACUAUAAUAGGCAACCUCUUAGUAGGGCCUCAAGUUGGAUUCUCCAGCUAUGGGUAGUCACAUCAUCAUGUAGUCUCCUCUUAUAAUGUAGGUUGGUCUGUAUGACCAGUAAAAUAUGGCAGCAGUGAUGGUUUGUCACUUCUAAAAUUAGGUCAUAAAAGGGCUGCAGCUUAAGUUUUGGUCACUCUCAUGCACUCUCUUGGACCACUUGCUCUGUAAGAAGGCAGCUGCCAUAUCAUGAAUACUCUCAGGAAACCCAUGAAGAGUCCCAGAUGGUGAGGAGCUGAAGUCUGUAGCCAACACCAAGAAACAGGUCUGUCAGCAUCCAUGUGAAUGAGCUCAGAAGUGAUAUUUCCCCAGGCAAGCCUUCCCCUAGCCAGCAGCUUGCCUGCAAUCUCUUGAGAGAUUGGGCCAGAACUACUCAGACCACUCUCAGAUUUCUGAUCAUCAGGACCUGAGAAAAUAAAUACUUAUUUUUUAAGCUACGUUUAGGAAUAAUUUGUUAGUUACACAAUAAUAGAUAAUAUAUUCAUGGAAAAUUAAAAUUAGUACAAAUUUCAUCAUAUAACUUAAAAUGUCUUGGACUUUUUUUCCGAGGGCAGAUAAAAUAAGCCAUUUACAGAUUUUGGAUUUCAACAAAAAGGGAUUGGAGUUCAGAUUAAACACUGAACUUCCCCUCAAUUGCAGACAAGGAAACCCUAAGCAGGGAAGCUUAAGGGUCCUUAGUGGAGAACCUUCUAUGUCUGUGGUCUCGGACCUUGGCUGUGGUGGGUCCCUGCUGAGCUUUCUUGGGGCAUCUAUGAUUGUUAACGCUCAUGAAAGAUUGCUUAGGAAACCAUUUAACUUAGCAAGGGAGAACAAUACCUUGACAGUCUCUUCUCAGAUAGGAAUUAGAUAAGUGUCCUUAGAGUAUUGAGGGUGGGGCUAGGGUUAGUCAAGGGGUGGUUAUAUGGCAGAGGAAGGUAAGUGGCCCUAAGCAGAAAUUGGUCAGACUUUAUAAACUAGUUGUUGGAAUGGUGUCAGUGGUCUUUAGAAUUUGGGAUAUGAGAGACCAUCUUGAGUUCCUGACCUCAUACAAGUCUGAAUGUGUUUGUGUUAAAACAGCUCAAGUUUUGGUAAUUUGUUGUGUAAUAUGCUUUAGUACACUUUAAAGGUUUUUGAGUAAUAGUGCAAUUUUUCAAAUUGUGGUUUUAUUUCCUAAUAUAGAACCAUCCCAUGUGUCUAGGAAGGGAGUGACAAAGAGACCUAGUGGGAAUUUAUUGUAAGACAUCAUCAAAUAUUUAUUGAGACUUAUGCUUCCACCCAUGCUGGAAUAACAUGUACUAGACUUAACAUUUCUCUAUAACCUGGAGGAAAUGUGGAACUGUGUUCAGGCAUGGUAAAAUGGACAGUGCAGAAUUGUAAUUUCUGAGAGAAGGAAAACAAGUGAAGUGAUUCCCUACAACUUCUCCCAACUUUCUGCAUGGGAGUAAUUUUCAUUAUACAAACACGAGGGAAGAUCCAAACAGAGCCUACUGGUCUUGCUAAAUUGGGGUAGAAAUUGGAGUUCAUUAUGGCGGAAAGACAUGUGGGAGCUGUGCAGAGAAGAGGUCCAGAAAUCUAAGCAAGAUCCCCUGAAUCUGUUGAAUUCUAAGCCAAACAUCCCCAGAGUAAAAGUCUAGAAGGUCAGGGAAAAAAUGGAGUAAAAACUGAACAAUUGCCACAGAUCUUAGAAAGUGAGGAAACAUUCUAACUGACCAGAGGAGUGUCCUUAAUAAUCCCCUUGAAAUAUUAAGUAGAGACCCCAGAAGGAGCCAUUCUUUAGCAGUAGAGUUGAACUAUCCCAGGAGGCAAGUCUACUAUAGACUCACCCUAACAAAGUUUAAAAACAGGAUUUAAUGGUACUAAGAUAAUCCAGAAGUCACUGCCUACAAAAGUAAGCACAAUACCCAUUAAAAGAAGACAACAAAAACACUUAAAAGUGUAAAGACCUUAAUGUCUAAUAUCCAAUCAAAAAUUACUAGGCAUGCUAAAAAGCAGGAAAUGAGGCCCCUAAGAAAAACCAGUGAAUAAGAAAUAGGCCCAGAAUGACUAUGUGAUUGAAAUAACAUAAGGUUAUUACAGGGAAACAUGAAUAUAAUGAAUAAAAUGGAAAAUACUUAAAAGAACCAAAAAUAAUUUGUAGAGGUGAAAAAUACAGUCCUUGUAGAAGUGGUUCAGUUGGUUGUAGCAUCAUUCUGUAGACCAAAGAGUCCCAGUUUAAUUCCAGGUCAGGUCACAUAUCCAGAUUGUGGGUUCAAUCCCUAGUUGGGGUAUGAGAAGGUAGGUAAUAGAUUCUCACUCUCAUUCUCUUGCUUUCACUCCCCCUUUCUCUAAGAGCAAUGAAAAAAAAUGUUUUAGGUUAAGGAUUU